AUGGCCUCCGGUCUAACAUGCAUUGGCCACUUUUGGACUAUGCUCAGCCUCAUUGCAACGGCUUUGAUUAUCGGCUCGGUUCUUUCACCCGAAUGGUUGAUCGGUCAGGUUGUGGUUGAGAAUCGUCAUAUGCCGGCCUACUUCGGAAUCUAUAAGAGAUGCAAUUAUCCGAUAUUUGAUAAACAAGCCAGGAAAGUGUUAUUAAUAGCAGAGUGUGGAAUCUAUGAAUCUUUCGCGGCAAUGCCUUCAUUGUACUGGCAAUUGUCGGCUGUAGCUUCUUUCGCCGGCGCUGCUCUGUCACUUAUGCUUGUCUUUCUUCUCCUUCCCUCGAUGUGCCUUCGCGACGUGAUCACUCAUGGAACAGCUCCAAUUGUUGGCUUCUUUCAAAUAGUAGCAGCAAUUUUACUCUCAAUAGCUGGUGUGCUUUACCCGUUUGGCUGGGACAAUCGACAAGUGAGAGACGCUUGUGGAGAAAAAGCUGAUCGAUUUAACCCUGGUGGUUGUCAAAUUGGGAAAGCUUUGGUAUCAAUGUGUGUUGGAGCGGCUCUUCUCGUAAUUUGUUGUCUCCUAUCGCUUUGUGGUGGGAAAAGAAGGAAAAGGAGAGGCUCUGAAAUGGUUCGCCAAGAUGAAGUGAUUCGAGGCUACGAACAACCGAUGAGCUCAACAAAAGCA